UCUGAAAGCUACUGAUGAUCCUAUAAAAUGGAGAUGAACUUCUCGAACUCGGUUUCUUCUUUGCGCCUAGCCCUUGGGAUAUGUAGAGAGAGAAAUUUGUUACUCAGUUCAUCCUAAAACGCUUGAUCUUUCUCACUAUUUCAAAUCCCCCCAAUUCCAGAAAACUUUAAUUUUCUUCGUAGGGUUAGGAGGGUGAGGAAUUUCUAAAGUUUGUUGUUGAAAAAAUCCCAGAAAAUUGUUUUGAUUUUCCCACCCGUGUCAAUUUUUUACCCCUUAAAUCUAACAAUUUUGUACAAAUAUUUACAUACAUUUCCUUAAUCUGUAGCCCUUAUUUUGAUCUUAGUUUACAAUCUCAAAAAAAAUUGUUUGAUUUUUAGCUGUGUAGAUUUCUAGGGUUCUUGAAUACUUUAAAAUACAAAUUACUGGAAAAAAGAGUUUUUCUUCAAUUUGGUUUGAUUUUCUAUCUGGGAUUUUGUUGAAUUUCUGGGUCAAGUUUAGAUUUAGAUUUUGAUUUUGAUUUAGGAUAUACAAGAAAAUGGACAAGAAAAGGGUUGCUGUUCCUCUUGUUUGCCAUGGCCAUUCUCGCCCUGUGGUGGAUCUGUUUUAUAGUCCAAUUACACCAGACGGGUACUUCCUCAUCAGCGCUAGCAAGGAUUCUACUCCAAUGCUUAGAAAUGGGGAAACCGGAGACUGGAUUGGAACUUUUGAGGGUCAUAAAGGUGCUGUAUGGAGUUGUUGCUUAGACACUAAUGCUCUAUAUGCAGCAACUGCUUCUGCGGAUUUCACGGCGAAAGUAUGGGAUGCCAUAACAGGGGAUGUGAAGCAUUCAUUUGAGCACAAGCACAUCGUUAGGUCAUGUGCUUUCUCAGAGAACUCAAACCUUCUUUUGACUGGUGGGAUGGAAAAAGUCCUUCGCAUCUAUGAUCUGAGUCGUCCAGAUGCUCCUCCUCGAGAAGUGGAUAAAUCUCCAGGCUCCGUUAGAACUGUUGCUUGGCUUCACAGUGAUCAGACUAUAUUGAGCUCCUGUACCGACAUUGGUGGAGUUAGAUUAUGGGAUGUGAGAAGUGGCGAGAUAGUCCGAACUCUCGAAACGAAGUCAUCUGUCACCAGUGCUGAAGUGAGUCAAGAUGGCCGCUAUAUUACAACCUGUGACGGCACUAGUGUUAAGUUCUGGGAUGCCAAUUACUUUGGCUUGGUCAAGAGCUAUGAAAUGCCAUGCACUGUUGAAUCUGCCUCAUUAGAGCCAAAGUAUGGAAACAAAUUCGUUGCUGGAGGGGAAGAUAUGUGGGUCCGGGUGUUUGAUUUUCAUACUGGCGAAGAGACAGCUUGCAACAAGGGUCAUCAUGGUCCGGUUCAUUGUGUGCGAUUCUCACCGGGAGGGGAAUCAUACGCCUCUGGAUCAGAGGAUGGAACCAUCAGGAUAUGGCAGACAGGUCCUUUGACACAGGAAGAGAAUGAGACGUUGGCGGCUGCUACAGCAGGAAAGGUUAAAGCUGCUGGUACUGGUGCAGAGGAAGUCUCACAGAAGAUGGAAGGCUUCCACAUUGCUGAUGAGGGGAAGGCCAAGGAAGAAGUAACAACCGCGUAAUAGAGGGGUAAAAAAUAAUGUUUUUUUCAACUCUGGGUUUGUCCGGUUUCCUCCCUCCCGCAACUGUAACCCCAGACAAUUUAUAUUAAUAUUAAUAGACACACAUGGAUGUUUUUGUAUAAGUUGUGGUUGACUUGUGUGGAGUUCUGAGAUGAAAAUUGUGUAAAGAGGAGUUUAUUCCUUGUACUACUGGCGGCUCUGUCAACUACUGAAAAAAUUCGGUAUAUGAUGCUGAUAUGAUCAGUAGUAGUAUUACUUAACUGGUCUAAUAUCCACAGUUACUGAGAACGCAAUGUGAUGCUGAUAACAAGUAAUUUGGCAUCUUAUCUUGGUUAAAUAUAUUGUA